AUGUCCAACUUCCGUCCAACACGUCCCACAUCGUCUCCCGAAUGGCGGCCGAGGACACAUGUUUCCUUCCGGAUAACCUUACCGCCAUCUACUUAUGCCAGCACCAUCGACGUCGUCGGAUCGUGGGAUAACUUUAGCACUGCCAUGCCGCUGGAGCAGGAUAGGCGCGUUGGCCGCGAUGUCUGGAAGGCCAUCUUGACGCUCAAUGGAGGCCUCGAGAUGGGGAGUGAGCAUUUUUAUUAUUUCUUGCUGGACCGGAAAAAUGUCAUGCCCGAUCCGCAAUCGCUACCAUCGUCGCUAGCGGUACAUCCACGCACCGGCCGGUUAAUGUCGACGUUGUUCGUCCCGGUCGAGUUGCCGCCGACGCCGGAGCCGGCGGUCAAGUUUGCGCAACAACAGCAGGUGGAGCGGUCGGAUACUCCGGUUUCGUCGAUGGGUACCAUCGGCUCGUCGGUGUUUGCUGAUUUCGAUGGAGACGGUGAUGAUACUUUCAUGCAAGCGUUCGUGCAGCCGAAUCCGCAGCAACCACGGCAUAUCGAGAACAACAACAACAGCGGCAGGAAAGGCAACACCUUCCGGGAGCGAUUAAGGGCGCGUAGGAGCUCCCUUGCAUCGCCAGGCCAGGAGGAGGAACAGCCCAAGCCCAAGCGACGGCGGGGAUGGGGACUGCAGCUCAGCGUAUCGACCGCAUUACUCCGGAUGGGCUACCGCACCCCCGCCUCGGACGGACUGGAGUCGAAAGAGGAUCUGCAAUCGCCACCGCGCCGCGACGAGGACGCCAUCGCCGACAUCGUCGGCUACCUCCGCAGCAACGACGCCGCCACACCCAAGGCAUCGCAGUACAUCCUCCCCAUGCCCACCACGCACCCCCACUCGACCGCGUCAUCGGUGUACUCGCAGAACCCCGACCGCCCCAGCCUAAGCCCGAGCCCGGGAAUGUACAGCUCCUUCUACAGCAGCGAGGACGACGAGGACGAGCUCGCUACGCCUGUCGAUGUCGCGUUUCCGAAAUACUACAACUUUGAUGAGCUGAAAGGCGCCGACGCGGGAUUGGUUCAGGUGCCGUCGCUAGAGUGUCUGCGCGAACAGGUCGUCGGCGAGAUGGCGUGGCAAAGGGAGAUUGUCGGGGAGCAUGGGUACCUCGGGAGUGUGGUCGUUUGA